UAUAAAUAAAGUAAAAGACAGCGGAAUCAGUUCAUAUUGACAAAAUGUACGCUCUAGUAAAGUGUCUUUUUGUCUUGAGUACUGCUUUUGCAGCCUCAGGCCACAGCUUAGGACCGGAUGAUAUAGAGUUUCACUUAUUCACACGCAAUAACCCACAAGUGAGCAUGCCAGUAAGGCCAAUUGCAUCUGAAAUAGACUCUUCAGUUUUCGACCGGACGAAGCGCACGGUCAUCGGUAUCCACACGCACGGCCAGGGAGUCGGUAGCAACUUUGGAGCCUUUUUUGUGCAAGCUCACCUAUCUGCUGAAGAUGUGAAUCUAUUCGCUAUUGACUGGAGCCGCGGUGCUUCUGUAUACACCGAAGGACUCUCCCAGGCACCUCAGUGCGGCCGUAUUAUCGCCGACUUCAUAAACUUGAUCAUAUCAGAGUUGAACUACAAUGUUAACCAGAUCCGCAUAGUCGGGCACGGCUUAGGAGGACACGUCGCUGGUAUCGCCGCAAGAAACGUUAAUGGCAUUGUUCCGCAUAUUAUUGCUUUGGACCCAUCUCUGGUCGGCUGGACUCACCACCCCGAGCGUCUUAACCCCGACGACGCGACUGUUGUGGAAGUCCUCCACACCACAGCUGGUCUCCUCGGCUACGACCAUCCUUUGGGUGACCUCGACUUCUACCCCAAUGGAGGCUCAUUCCAGCCUGGCUGUGCUACUGACGUCAGCUGCUCUCACACCUACUCGUACGCUUUCUACGCAGAGUCCCUCACCAGCCAAAUCAAUGGUGGAGCCAAAUUCAUUGGAACUAAAUGCGACAGUUAUAGCCAGGCUAUCACGUUGUCUUGCUCUGGAGCGAGAGACGUAACCUUCGGUGGAACUGCAUCUAAGACUAGUGGCUCUGGAAUCUACACCUUCACCACCAACGCUUCUCCACCUUUCGCCACGAAUUAAAACCAUAUUGUUAUGAUCACUUUUAUGUAAUAAAACUAUUUAUAAAAGUUUGUUAAAUAAAAAACUUAAUGCAA